CAACACAAUGGCAGUUCCAUUACUCCACAUCCACUUCUGUUCCAACACAAACCAUAAAUAUCUAGCAACACAUUUCCAGAUCUAGUUCUCUUCUUUAACCCACACUUUUUUUAAUGCAUCCUCUUACCUUAUACACUUUUUUUUUUUUUUUAAUUGAAUCACUCCACCUUUUUUUUCUUCUCCCAAACCCAAACUAGUUCAUCAAAAUUUUCCUUUUUCUUACACAGAUCUGUCUUCUACUUCAACCUUUCCAUUAUUUUUCUUUCCUUUUCAUUUCACCCACCACACACGUAUACACACGUUCUUCACUCCUCACUGUAACAGUUCCCACUUACAACACUGUUUCAGACUUUUACGACAUCAUUUUCAUUUCUAAAGUCUCCGAAUCUCAGCACGUGUUCGGACACUCCUAGGUAGUUUUUAGUUUUUUUGUUCCUACACACAAUAAUCAUCACUAUAAUUAGGGUUUUGUAAUUAUAAUAAUGGAUUAUAGCAGAGACGGUAACGUCGUUCAAAUUAUCACCGCCGGCGGAGGCGGCGGCGAUAGCUGGUCGAGUGACCAAGCGGAUUGGGCAACGGAAGAUGAGUAUCGAUACUGGAACGGAAAUGAAGCCGGCGAAACAACGCCGUCUUCGAAUUCAAAUUGCGACCAACCGAGACAACAGAGGUCGGGGAGCGAGCCGCCGAGCAAGAAAUCGAGAAGCAAUUCGCAGGACAACGGUGGCGGAAGUAACGGCGGCGGUUCGAAUCGGGCGAAAGCUAUUGGGAAAAUGUUCUUUAAGACGAAACUGUGCUGCAAGUUUCGUGUGGGGACGUGUCCUUAUGUAACUAACUGUAAUUUUGCUCAUAGUGUUGAGGAGCUUCGGCGGCCGCCUCCGAAUUGGCAGGAGAUUGUGGCGGCGCACGAGGAAGAGAGGUCUGUGUUUAUGAAUGAGCAGCCAAGGGAGGAGUUUCAGAUUCCAACCGUGGGGUCUUCGACUUUUGUUGGGGAGAGUAUGAAUCAGAGGUCUUAUAAGGGUAGACAUUGUAAGAAGUUUUAUACUGAAGAAGGUUGUCCUUAUGGAGAAAGUUGCACUUUUCUUCACGAUGAACAAUCGAAGAAUCGUGAAAGUGUUGCUAUUAGUUUAGGUCCUGGUGGUUAUGGUGGUGGUGGUGGUGGUAGUGUUGGUGGCGGUGGAGGUGGUAGUACUGGUAGCGGUAGUGUUGGUGGUGGUUCUGCUGCUGCUGUAGGGGGGAAUGGUGCUAAUUUGAAACCUUCAAAUUGGAAAACUAGGAUUUGUAAUAAGUGGGAGAUGACAGGGUAUUGCCCCUUUGGGAACAAAUGUCAUUUUGCUCAUGGUGCUACAGAAUUACACAGAUAUGGAGGUGGGCUUAUGGAAGGAGAAAGCAGAGACACUGCAUCUGCUGUUGCGUCUGAAGCAAAACAGGGAGUACCUUCAAAAACUCAUGCUGAUAAUGUGGUUGCAUCAACUCCUCCGAUUGCGCAUUCUGAUGUUUAUCAUAUCGGUGUCCCUUCGCAGAGGCCUUCCAUUGUGAGUCAGAGACCAGGACAGAGAGCUCAUCAGAAGUGGAAAGGUCCGGAUAAAAUCAGUAGGAUAUAUGGCGAUUGGAUAGAUGACAUCGAAUAGAGUUAAAAUAACUUAUUAUCCUGAUCUUGUAAACGCGAAAAAUGGCCGACGAGGGCUUAUGUAUCACCAUGAAGCCAAAUACGCCAAGAUUUCCAUUCCUAUCUUGUUAUAUUAUCUAAAAUAGCUUCCAGCACUUGUAGCACUUUGUUCAAUUUGCAGAUAACUGUUCUGUGCAUUUAUGUUUGGUGGAGGAUUCAUCUUUUUUAUUUAUGUUUUUUCAUUCUGAGUUUUGAAUGUAACAACGGCUUCCUUGUAUGUGCAUCAGAUUGUGCCACAUAAUUGUUCAUUUGUUUCCCCACUUUGGAUCUCAUUGUAAUGCUGCAAUUGAAACCCUUAUAUGAUUCUUUUAGGAUUUCCAAAA